AUGGGUCGCGUUCGCACCAAGACCGUCAAGAAGUCCGCCAAGGUCAUCAUUGAGCGGUACUACCCCAAGCUGACCCUCGACUUCGAGACCAACAAGCGGGUGUGCGAUGAGAUUGCCAUCAUCGCCUCCAAGAGGCUGCGCAACAAGAUUGCCGGCUACACCACCCAUCUGAUGAAGCGCAUUCAGCGUGGCCCGGUCCGCGGCAUCUCCUUCAAGCUCCAGGAAGAGGAGCGUGAGCGCAAGGAUCAGUACGUGCCCGAGGUGUCUGCCCUCGACUUCUCCGAGGCCGGCCAGCUCGAGGUCGACGGCGAGACCAAGGACCUGCUCAAGCACCUUGGCUUCGAUUCGAUUCCCGUCAACGUCACCCCCGUCACCCAGAACCCUGUCGUCGAGCGUGGCGGCCGGCGGUUCGGCGACCGCCCUCCUCGUCGCGACUAA